AUGCACAACGAGAGCUUCUCGGAGCCGGGGCCCGCCAACGCGUCGUGCCCGGGGCCCGCGCUGGGCUGCCCCAACGCGUCGAGCCUGCCGCCGCCGCCGCUGCCGCCGCCGCUGGCCGUGGCCGUGCCCGUCGUCUACGCGGUGAUCUGCGCGGUGGGGCUGGCUGGCAACUCCGCAGUGCUGUACGUGCUGCUGCGGGCGCCCCGCACGAAGACCGUCACCAACCUGUUCAUCCUCAACCUGGCCAUCGCCGACGAGCUCUUCACGCUCGUGCUGCCCGUCAACAUCGCCGACUUCCUGCUGCAGCGGUGGCCCUUCGGGGAGCUCAUGUGUAAGCUCAUCGUGGCCAUCGACCAGUACAACACGUUCUCCAGCCUCUACUUCCUCACGGUCAUGAGCGCCGACCGCUACCUGGUGGUGCUGGCCACGGCCGAGUCGCGCCGGGUGGCCGGCCGCACGUACCGCGCGGCGCGCGCCGUGAGCCUGGCCGUGUGGGGGCUCGUGACGCUGGUCGUGCUGCCCUUCGCCGUCUUCGCCCGGCUCGACGACGAGCAGGGCCGGCGCCAGUGCGUGCUGGUCUUCCCGCAGCCCGAGGCCUUCUGGUGGCGGGCGAGCCGCCUCUACACGCUGGUGCUCGGCUUCGCCAUCCCCGUGUCCGCCAUCUGCGUCCUCUACGGCGUCCUGCUGUGCAGGCUGCGCGCCAUGCGGCUGGACAGCCACGCCAAGGCCCUGGACCGCGCGAAGAAGCGGGUGACGCUCUUGGUGGUGGUGAUCCUGGCCGUGUGCCUCCUCUGCUGGACGCCCUACCACCUGAGCACCGUGGUGGCGCUCACCACCGACCUCCCGCAGACGCCGCUCGUCAUCGCGGCCUCCUACUUCAUCACCAGCCUGAGCUACGCCAACAGCUGCCUCAACCCCUUCCUCUACGCCUUCCUGGACGACAGCUUCCGCAGGAGCCUCCGCCAGCUGCUGGCCUGCCGCGCUGCCGCCUGA